CUCAUAAUCCAUCCCCUGCUCACCCUUUACCUCGUAAUGAGAAUGAUGAUGCAGAGAAUUUGGGAAAUAUUAGAGGAUCUAACACAAUGCCAGAAAUUGUCCAGCCACCAUCAUAUGAGAUUGCUACUGGCAAUCAACCAUCAAAUAGUGCGGAUAAUG